ACGGCUACGGCAAAUCUUGGUCCCCCUAUAUAUAUAGCCACUUCCCAGAAAGAUACCAAUGCGCAAGACCAUCGAUCUUUAUCUGCAAGGAAGAUCUUUGUUGGAGCAUAUGCCAUGGCUGCGGCUGAGAUCAAGAUAGGCCAGGUCGAUGACGUCCAGGAGCUGCACCGGACGGGCCAGGGAACGGUGCCGGAUCGCUACAUCAGGGACGGGGACGACCGGCCGGGCGGCGACAACGUCUGCGCCCUCGCGCACAUCCCGGUGAUCGACGUCGGCGAGCUCCCGCGCGGCGACGAGCUGAACAAGCUCAGGCUCGCCUGCGAGGAGUGGGGCUUCUUCCAGGUUGUGAACCAUGGCAUCGAGGGAGAGCUGCUGGACGAGAUGGAGAAGCUGACGAGGGAGUUCUUCAUGCUGCCGCUGGAGGAGAAGGAGAAGUACCCGAUGGCGCCGGGAGGCAUCCAGGGCUACGGCCACGCCUUCGUCUUCUCCGAGGACCAGAAGCUGGACUGGUGCAACAUGCUGGCGCUGGGCGUGGAGCCCGCCUUCAUCCGGCAGCCGAAGCUGUGGCCGACGACCCCGGCCAGGUUCAAGGACACCCUGGAGAGGUACUCCGUCGAGGUCAGGUCCCUAUGCCAGCGGCUGCUCGCCCACAUCGCCGAGACGCUGGGGCUCGCGCCGGCCACGUUCCGCGACAUGUUCGGCGAGGCGGUGCAGGCGGUGCGGAUGAACUUCUACCCGCCGUGCCCGGCGCCGGAGCUGGUGCUGGGGCUCAGCGCGCACUCUGACGGCAGCGCCGUCACCGUGCUCCAGCAGGACAUGUCCUGCGCCGGCCUGCAGGUGUUCAGGGGCGGCGCAUGGGUGCCCGUCCACCCCAUCCGCCACGCCCUCGUCAUCAACAUCGGCGACUCGCUCGAGGUCCUGACGAACGGCAGGUACAAGAGCGUGGAACACCGGGCGGUGACGAACGGCGAGCGGGACCGGCUGUCGGUGGUGACGUUCUACGCGCCGGCCUACGACGUCGAGCUGGGCCCGCUGCCGGAGUUCGUGUCCGACGAGGCGCCGUGUCGGUACCGGAGGUUCAACCAUGGAGAGUACAGCCGCCACUACGUCACCAGCCGGCUCGAGGGCAAGAAGACGCUCGAGUUCGCCAAGAUCGAUCAGACCAAGGCUGCUCCUGAAGAACCCUGUAGUUGCCUAUAGCUAAUUUGGUGAAGUUGCCUCUAGCUGUGCUUGGAAAUUGCAGGCAGACGAUCAAAGUCCUGAUGAACUACUUCUCUCAGUACUCCUGAGUAUGCUGUAUUCCUGAAGUACGCAGUGUCGUAUGCUGUAUUCCCUUUCUUCUUAUCUCAAAAGAAAAGGCACUGUACUGUACGUGUACAGUAUUUGUCUCGAAA